CUCAGUGCGGUAGGUUUUGCAUAGCCCAGGUAUUACCCUGGCUGCUCAUGCUGCGCAAACUCUUUGCUCUGCAAAUUGCUUUGGCAAAAAUUAAGCUUGGUCUCCUAGCUACAUUUUUCUUUUUUCUGUUCUUCUUCUUGUAGUUUGUGUAGCUAGCUGGCGAUUACUUAUUGUCACGCUAUUUUUUGCAAAAGUUGUUGUUAAUGCAAGCUAGCUUACAUAUUUUUGUACGUAAAAACGCAAGUUAGAUACCACCUCCCAAAUAAGUCCUGUACACAGGAGGUCGUGAGUUGCUACCUAAAAUUUCAGACAUUUUUGUAGUUAUAGCUAGCUGGUCAGCUAGUUUUCAAAUACUAACCUUUGUGAUGCCCUUUUGGAAACACAGCAGAAUUAUUCUUUAUUAUAUCUUUAUAAUAUCUUUAUUAUAUCUUUAUUAUAUUUUAUUAUAUUUUUGUGGCGCCGUAGAUUAGUGGUUAUAGCUCUCGUACUCUGUGCGGGAGACCGGGGUUCGAUUCCUCUUGACGGCGAUUCAACAUGGGCGAGUGAAUGUUACCAUAGCCCCGGGUUAACCCAAGCCAUGUGAGGGAAAUUGGGAAGAUGGCACACUGUGUGGGCCGUUGGAUGUUGCCGGGAGUUGUCUAGUAGAGCGCGGGCUCUAAUUGGGUCUGCGUAGCUCAAAAUGAGCAUUAAAUACUCUAGGACUCUCCAUAUACGCCAUGGCCCCUCCUGGAAAUAAUAGACAGGGUAUAUCCCUCGAUAUUUGUGAGGCUAGCCAUGUAAAAUGUGCACAUCUAUCUAUCUAGGGCACUCGUGAAAAAGGUUGAAAAAGGACGAACAUUUUUUUGUCAAAAUUUUUUUAAACAUAAAUAGAUUUCAAAAUAAAUGCAUAUAUAUAGCUAUAUAAGUAUAUAAAGAAACGAUGUGUUGUUUGCACCAUUAUAUGCUUACUCCUGGCAAUCGCUACUGGGUCCUGUGCCUUCAUGAAAACAAUAGUAAGAGGUGUUCUACAUGGCACUUACCGCUUCGUAUAUACACAACAUCAGGCUUCUCAUUUUGAGGUACGCGAUUGCGUUCAUACGUCCUAUCAUGUACCUAAAUUAUGUGAGGUACGGGAAGAACCGUGUACCUCCGUUGACAGAUUACUUUUAGAUCUGAGAAUUAUUAAAUAAUCCUUGUCCUUUUAAUCUACGAGCAAGCCUAUUCAUAGCCAACCUGACCAUCCUAGCUAAUUCACCGACUCCUGAUUUAGUUAAAAGAACUACAUAGACUUAAAUCUCUUUUCCCUGGCCCCUUCGUCGUUGGUAAUCAGGUCUUACACAAGAAAUCCAGUCAUGCGGUUCAAAACUGCACUUACAGGUGGAACAGACAUUUUAUCAUGGAUUUAAUUGUAUAUAUUUUCUUCAUUUGACAAAACAAAUAGAAACCAUAGCAGGUCCAAAUUUACUGGGGUUUUUUCUUCAUGCCCAGGUGUUAUUUAAACAAUUUUAAUCAUAAUAUUUUUUUCUGGGGACGUUUAAUGAGCGUUUAUUCAAAGCAUUACGGUAUAAAAAGUAUAAGUAUAUAUAACCUUGAACCAAGUAUUUCUUUUUGUUCGCUAUAUAAUUGAGGUAGCUUUGGUGAUAGAAUAGGGGUACUGGUAACAAGAUUUAUAAUUGUUGAGGAAGUAUAAAGGUACAAAAACCACAAUUUAUUUAAUGAAUUUGUAUUUUCUAUACUUUCUUCUUUUGCUGGUCGGUUUUCUGGAGUACGAUAUAUGUACGAUGUGACAACAACAGUUGAUAGUUUGAUAUAUUGCAAAAAAUCAUUCAGAUUCAUCAAGGAAUUUAACUUGGAAUGUCGCGUCGAUUUUUUCAUUUCAUCAUCGCACAAUGCUGUCUGCAUUUGAGCAUCGGCCACUCCAACGGUUGUCUGCAUAUAUAUACUUUUACGUAAAUUAUCUUACCUGCGACUGGUCUCAGUAUCGGCACAAAAAAUAAAGCAGCUUUAAAAUAAUCUACUUUAAUUUGUGUAGAGACAGACAUUCUGUUUGUCUGGACAGGGACAUAAAGUUCUAUCUCUGAAAGUUAGUUGCAUGUUUUGAAAUUAAAUAUUCAUAAAUUGCUACAUUUUUUUAAAAAGGGGGUAAAAUAUUAAAAAAAAAAUUUAAUCUGGUAAUAUUGCUCAGAGUAAAACAAUCAUUUUUUAUUUAUAAUGUUUUGAUUCGCCGAGAACCCAACGCUUACGUCACAACAAAAAUAUUAUUUUAGCCUCCCUUUCAUGUAGAAUGGCUUUGAAAAAUUUGUUUAUAUGGAAAUGUUAUUCGAGUUGUAAAACUUUAGAAAUAUAAUCACUUAUAUUUUCGCAAAAAAAAAGAGAAGUGCAAUUCAGUUCAGGAUAGUUUUUUAUUAUUGUAUUUUUACUAGACAGUACCUUUAAUGCUUUUUCUAAAACAGUUUGUAAGUUCAAAUAUGAUGGCUUUGAUUGCAGUCUUGCCACUAAAACUGGAAUAGAGGAACACAUCAAAAAGGACACUAAUUUGCAUAUCUUUAAACAUAUUGUUUCUCAGCUUAUAAUACUAAUAAUCGUUUUUAAAAUAAUAGAUACCGUUAAAAACAAAGGUCAUUUAAAAAUCAAAUAAGCCCUUCAUAUCCAAUGGGAAAGUCUGAUCUCCAUUCUCAAACUGGCCCAUCGGCACUUUCUAUGUCUUUUUAACUGUGCUAUUUUUUCAUUUUUUCUCGUUUGUUUUUCUGUAUUCUUUCUUUACAUUAUUUUCCUGACCUUUUACUUUGUAAAUUUAUAUAAUUGUUAUAAUUAACAUAUAUAUAAUAGUAAUUAUUUAGCACAGUAUUUAUAACCACUAGAUUUAUGUAUUUUAUUUAUUCUAGGAAUGGCUAAUGGCAUUUCUAAAAAAUGUUAAAAAUUAAAAUGUUGUUUUUACUGUAAUAGAGGGCAUUAAAUUGACACAAUUUUUUAGAAUUUAUAAUAUUUUUGUGCCUUGUUAACUACCUGGAAUAAAAUUGUUAUUGAGAAAAUUGUAUCAAAUGAAGGCUUCUUUUGAGAAUUCUAUGCCAUGUCCAAAGUUUUUUAAUGAUACCAUCACAGUGAAUCUGCCCUUUGUGUCUUUGUGGAGGUUGUUUGCAGGACUCAAUAUUCUGCCGUGAUAAACUGUUUAUAAACUGUCACUAGGAAAUUUUGUGUUGAUAGACAACGUACUUUGUGGGCAAAAUCAACUUAACUGAGAAGCCCUUGUAAUUUUUGUGGCAUUUUCUGGCGAGUUGGCACCCUUAGUAAAAUAGCACCAUCUUAACACUGACUAUGUAAAAUAUAUUAUAUUGUGCGAUUACUAAUAAAAUAUGGAAAUCUCAAAAAUAACCUUUCUAAAUAAAAAAGUGCCACAGUGUACUCUAAUUGCUUGUCGACAUUUUGAAGAGAUUUAUGAGACUUUAACCAGAUUUUCCACAAGAAAAAGAAAAUGGGCACCUUUCGAGUUACCUUUAAUUAGAGAGACUACUAACACACCCUGAUUUAAUAGCGGGACAUUAUAAUCAUAUGUUUUGUUUUUUGUAAUAAUUUUGUUUAGGUAUCUAACUAGAAGAAGACUAGCUAUGGUUGGUGGUGAAGAGUACAAAAACAUUUUACAGGAAAACUUAGUUCCAAAAAUGAAUAUGGAACUUGAGGGUGUACUAUCUGAUUAUCAAGCUUUGUUUCAAUGUUUUGCCGAUAAUGAGUCAAGAUGUGUUGCAGACAUUUCUGUACCAAACAUUGAGGCAAAGAUCAAGGAUUUGCAGAAAAAAUAUUUUCUUAUUCAGCAAGCUGAUUUGCAUAGAUUAACUAAAGAAAUCAAAAUGAUGCGUGAUGUGUUACCUAAGACGCUGAAUAAAGAAUUACUUAAUGCACCGUUAAAGUUAAAGGAAAAAGAUAUAGAAAUACAUAAAGUUAAUUCAGAAAAGACAAGUUUAGAAAGAGAAGUUCUGAUAACAAAGAAACGUUACGAGUGUCUUCUUAGUGAAGUUGAAAGAGAAAAACAGGUGCAAGUGAAUCAGGAAUGUAACUAUGAUUAUUGGCAACAUCUCAUGCCACAAACUAGGUUCACAAGUUCUAAAAUGUUAUAUGAAAAUAUGGAGCUUAGGAAACAAAUUGCGGAAUUAACAGCAGUUACAAAUGAACAGUCAGAAUAUUGUGCAAAAUUGGGCAGUGCAUCUUGUGCGUUGUUAUGGAGAGUAUCACAACAAGAUGGUAGCAUACAUACAAUGUUGAACGGGGAUUGUGGUACAGAAUUCAUUCAGUUGGCAUAUUAUACACUGGAAAGCUUUUCAGCAGCUUUUAGCGACAAUGUUGCCAAGUUAGACAAAGCAAAUGAUGAGCAGAGAUUCGUGCUAGCACUGGUUGGGGUCAUCACAAAUAUAACAGCAUCUGCAUAUGGUCGUGAAUAUUUGAUCUCUUGUAAGCACGGUAAAGAAUUGCUGAACGCAUUGAUCGUGCUUCUGUCAGAUUUACCAAUGAAAGACAACAUUUGGAUGAAACUUAGAAAUCUGAUUUUAAGGACACUGUACAAUACAAGUAUCAACCAAAAGGGUUUAAAGUUCUUAUGUUCGAAGCAAGAAAUAUUUCAAAUUUUUUCUGCAGCUAUUGAAGGUGAUAAAUGUGCUGAUAACCGACUGCAGGCUGUUAGAUUUAUUCAGUCGAUUGUAUUGGAACCAGAAUGUGUUGAAGCAAUUCAUGCUGUCUUUGAAGUGUUACCUCUCGAAAAACUUAAAUUUUUAUCACAGAAUGCAAGAGGAGAGGUACAAAGUGCAAUGCAAGAAUUGAUUACUGAUCUAAACUUGUUAGAAAGAGAGCAGUAAAGAGUCUUGUUGACCCAGUUAUCACUAAAUUUAAGAGUCGGCUUGACUGAUAUGUUUUUACUACUGACAGAUUGCUUCU